AUGAUAACAGUACUAACAAUAUUAUGUGCGUUCCUAAUGAAUCUGCCAUAUUGUUGCCACUGUAAUCUUGAUCAUCAUUGGUUAUCGCCAUUCGAUAACACCACCGAAAUAUCCGCACUGUGCACGAACGAAAAUCAUGAUAUUGUUAUGCUGAAACGAGGUGUACCUAUGAUGUAUAAUUUAUUUCGUCACGAUGUGAUGUGUUGGCUUGAAAUCCAACGUUAUGUACCGCCACGCUAUAAUCAGUUGAUAUGGUUUCUGCAGUCGUUAGGUUAUUGCGAUGUUAACCGAGAGAUUAAUUGGCGGAGACGAGGCGUUGAGUAUAAUCGUGAUUUUCAACUGAAGAUCACCAGGGCUGCCUUCGCUUUGGUUUGUUACUUAUGCUAUCAUCGCGUUCUUGGCUUCCGACAACGUGACAUCUAG